UCGUGGCGAGACUCUCGGCGAGCAGAAUUGUUUCAACAGUUUACAAAGUAGGCAAAAAUAAAAACAAUAAAUAAACUGCUGUGAAAACCGUGAGAGCAAUGCCGCCCAGACGCAGCGAGCGUUUGCGUUUGCUACGCGAGGUCGCGUCCACGGCCGAGCCCGUUACAGAGCCCAGGGUGACGGCGCGUCGGCAACGCGCCCGCCGGCGCGCUGGACGUACGCGCGCCAGACUGCCAGCCCGACAGGCGAGGACGAAUACGGCGACGGUGCUAGAUCAGCGCGAAGAUCCGCGCACCUGGCUGCAGCUGGAAGCGCACUCGAGCGCCCGGUCGAUUGUCAACCAGAAUGGAGAGGGUCAACCCGAUGAUGUGCUGACGCUGCGGCUGCUAUCGCUCUUCAUACGCAUCGCGCUGCUGGAGUCGCCGUCGCUGGCCCAGCUGACGAGACGCAAUCCCAAUCAGGGCAUACGGAAGCUAUUUCGAAUCAUACGAUUUCUGUUCUUUAGGCGUUAGCCUACUCAGCUUGUUAGGUCUAGUCAAUAAAUCGAUCGUAAUCGAUCGCCGGCCGGGGCCAGGCGCCCCCACAA